AUCGCCCAGAGGGAAGGCGAAGCGUCCAGGAAGCCACUUGAGGAAGCAUAUUUAACCCCUCAUGACUGCAGGGCUAAGGGGACCUGGUCUUCGGUCUUAUCGUUCUGAAUUGAUGGCGAUCUUGCCGUAUGGACUUCAAUCGCAACGAAUCGUGACUUGCCGCAAAAAGUGUUGCGAACGUACGGAGUGCCAACAAGGAAAGACCAAGCAAAACCAAUUCCCAAUAUGUCUGCUAUCCAGAAAAACGUCCAAGCGACGUCGGAGAAGUAUUCUUCGUCCUUCACUCAGGGUCACCUAGCACUUCCGCCGGGGAAGAAAUACCUCGUCUUGACAUGCAUGGAUGCACGUAUCGACCCUGCACGAGCAUUUGGGAUUGACCUGGGUGAUGCGCAUGUCAUUCGGAAUGCUGGUGCCUCCGCGCACGACGGGCUGCGCAGCAUCGUUAUCUCUGAGCAGCUUCUGGGCACUCAGGAAAUUGUCCUCGUCAAGCACACUGGUUGCGGAAUGUUGACAUUCAAGAACGAGGACGCUUACGGCAUCGUUGAGAAGAAUCUCGGCUCUGAUGCAUCGGCCGAGCUCAAGACUCGCGGGCUAGAUUUCCUCGCGUUUCCGGAAUUGGAACAAGCUGUCAAGGACGACGUAAAGUAUCUGCAGGAUACUAAGCUUGUCCCGGACAAUGUGGCUAUCAGUGGGUGGAUUUAUGAGGUUGAAACUGGCAAAACUCGAAGAGUGGUUUAGAAUCCACGGCCUCUUCUCA